CGAAACAGUGCUCCGACAGAGCUCCAAAUGGUAGCAUUCAGAUCGGGUAUGGGUCUGUGUUUCCAAUAUGCAGGGACUCUAGGUACAUCCUCUGGCCAGUCUCCUAAACAGAUCCGACGUUUUAAGCUCUCCUUUUCCCUUGAUUUCGUACUUUCUCCUAAAUCCGUUUCGUCUUCUAACUCGAUUUCAAGGAUUUCGUCUGUAUCUUGGUCUGCUCUUUUCCUCUCCAGUUUCGACUUUUCAUCACAUGCUGCUUUGAAUCGUACCUGCGUCAAUAUCCGUAUGGCAGUAUCGCUUCCUUUGCCGCGCUCAAGAAAGGCAUACGUUGAUACGGCAUUCUGGAAUAUUUUCGGCAAAAGGCAAAUCUGUUGUGCUUUCUCGGUGUUGUCUUUCUGGUUAAUACAAAUGGCAUCUACCCAGAGCUUGAUCGGCUUUUCUCUGUGUCGUCAACGUUGCAAGUCAUUGUUCAAAGAGCAAGUGAUCUGAAGCGUG